AUGAAUUUCACUCGUAGAUGUUCUCUCAAGCCUUUCCAUUUCACUUUCCUUCUUCUCUGGCUAUCACAUUUUCAGGCUACUCGUUCUUUCACAAACUUCAUAUUCGGAGACUCAUUGGUAGAUGUCGGAAACAACAACUACAUCUUCACAUUGUCUAAAGCGGAUUCUUCGCCUUACGGCAUCGAUUUUGGACCUUCCAAUGGCCAACCUACGGGAAGAUUCACUAAUGGUCGGACCAUUUCUGAUAUUGUUGGUGAAGCCUUAGGAGCAAAAUCAGCACCACCUCCAUAUCUUGAACCAAACACUGAGACUAACUCAAUCCUCAAUGGAAUCAACUUUGCUUCUGGUGCGGCUGGAAUCUUGGACGAUACUGGACUUUUGUUCAUUGGUAGAGUUCCAUUGAGUGAACAAGUAAGUUAUUUUGAAAAGAGUAGAGACUAUAUGAUAAAAGUGAUUGGUGAAAAUAGUACAAAAGAGAUGUUGAAGAAGGCAAUGUUUACAAUCACAAUUGGAUCAAAUGAUAUAUUAAAUUAUAUCCAACCAUCUAUACCUUUCUUCUCCCAAGACAAGCUCCCCACUGAUGUCCUACAAGAUUCUAUGGUGUUCCAUUUAACCACACAUCUUAAGCGUUUGCAUCAAUUAGGAGCUAGGAAGUUCGUGGUGGUUGGAGUUGGGCCACUUGGUUGCAUACCGUUUGCUCGUGCCUUAGAAUUAAUACCAGCCGGAAAAUGCUCUGACCAAGUCAACCAAAUAGUCCGAGGCUAUAACAUGAAGCUUAGACACUCUCUUAUGACUUUGAACACUGAGUUAAGAUCCCAAGAUCACAACACUACAUUUGUCUACGCCAACUCUUACGACCUAUUCUUGGAACUUGUUUUGAACUAUCGACAAUUUGGCUUGGAGAACGCAGACAAGCCGUGUUGUGGCGGGUACUUUCCACCAUUUACGUGCUUCAAGGGACCGAACCAGAACUCAAGCCAAGCGGCUUGUGAGGACCGCGCCAAGUUUGUCUUUUGGGACGCAUAUCACCCAACCGAAGCUGCCAAUCUCAUUAUUGCGAGAGCACUUCUUGAUGGUGACCAAACUGUGGCUACACCUUUCAACAUUCGUUAUCUUAACGAUCUUUAAU